AUGAAGGCACGGGGCGUGCUGGCUGUCUUCCUUAUACUCAUACUAUCGCUGAGUGGAUUUCAAGAUUCAUUCUUUCUGGCUUUCUCGGAUUAUAUGAGUAGUGAAAAUGAGCAAGUUGUCAUUGGAAGAUUUGAUGAAGACAUAAUUCUCCCUUGCACAUUUAAAAGUGGGUCUGAAGUUGUAAUUCACUGGCAGAAACAAAAGAUCAAUGUUCACACUUACUACAGAGGCAGUGACCAUUUGGAAAAACAAGAUUCUAAAUACACAAACAGGACAGCCCUCUUCCAUAGUGAGAUUCACGAUGGGAACGCCUCCCUAUCUUUCAGAAGAUUAAGCCUUCUGGAUGAAGGAAAUUAUGACUGCUAUGUAUCAACUGCAAAUGGAAGUACUAGAAAUAAAGUGGUGCUAAAGGUGGGAGCUUUCCUCACGCCUGUGAUGAAGUACGAAAAGAGGAACACGAGCAGUUUCUUAAUAUGCAGUGUGUUCAGUGUUUAUCCUCGUCCAGUUAUCACAUGGAAAACGGACAGCUCUACACCUGUCUCUGAAAAGAAUACGGGAGAAAUUGGGCCUUUGGGCUCUUUUUAUAUUAACAGCACACAGAAUAUUACAGGAUCAAAUUCAUCUUAUGAAUGUACUAUUAAAAAUUCAUUGUUGAAGCAAACCUGGAUGGGGCGAUGGACAAAGGAAGGUGGUCUUCAUAAUAAGCAAGGUGAACAUGUCUCACUUUCGUGCCAAUUUGGAAGCAAUUUUUCUCUGCUAAACCAAGACUUCAGAGUUACUUGGUCCAGAGUGGAAAAUGGAAUGUCCUCUGUCCUGGCUUCAUAUCUGAGCUCCUCACAAAAAAUGAUUAUCAGUGAACCCCGAUUGUCACUGAACAAAGAGCUAAUAAGCCAGAGGGACUUUUCUGUGAAUUUGAUCAAUCUUCGUCUCUUAGACAGUGGAGAAUAUUUAUGUAAUAUUUCUUCAAGCAAAUAUACUUUACUUACCAUCCACACACUGCACGUAGAACUGAACCAAGGAACAGCUUCCCAGAACAGAUAUCAAUGGAUUUGGGCAGGUCUUGCAAUUGUUGUGUUUCUGAUUUUGGCAGUAAGCUGUUAUGCAGUCUAUAACAGGUCCAACACAGAAAGGAGCCAUGUCUCUACUGAUGAGAGAGCUAGCAAUACUGAUAAUGCAGAAGAAAAUAUGGUAAGACAUAAUUCUCUAUACCCAGCCAUUUUUAGUAUAAAGACUCUACUAUAA